AUGCCAGAAGAAAAGCCCAAAGUCCUCCUCUUUGACAUUGGGGGUGUAUGUGUCGUGUCGCCGUUCCAAGCUAUCCUGGACUAUGAGUUGAGCCUCGGCAUCCCCCCUGGAUGGGUCAACUACUCCAUAUCCAGCACCGCGCCCAAUGGAUAUUGGCAUCGGUUAGAGAGGGGAGAGAUACCCAUGGACGACUCCUUUUUCGGCGGAUUUACCCAGGACCUUCAUGAUCAAACCAGAUGGGAGGCGUUCUACAAGAGAGAACAGGGCAAAAACCCCAAGCUCUUGAAAGAGACACCACCUGUUCCCGAUGUCGAUGCGAGAUGGCUGUUCAACGAAAUGAUGACCGUCUCGAGCAGUCCCGAUCCUUGGAUGUACCCAGCGCUGAAGAAUCUCAAGGAGAGUGGCCAGUAUAUCCUGGCUGCCCUGAGCAACACGGUCAUUUUCCCUCCAGGUCACAAGCUCCAUAUCGACAACUUCUUUGACGAACCGGUCCGAGCACUAUUCGACGUGUUUGUUUCUUCAGCUCACGUUGGAAUCCGCAAGCCGGAUCCCAAGAUGUAUCAAUUCGCUCUCACGCAAAUUCGCGAGCACGCAGAGGCCUUCAAAUGGUUGCCUCGGGGUCAGGGGCUAGGCUGGGAUGAGGGCAUCGAGGCGGGAGAUGUGGUGUUUCUGGACGACAUUGGUGAAAAUCUAAAGGAGGCGCGCAAGCAAGGAUUUCGAACAAUCAAGGUGAACCUGGGGAGGGCGUUUGAGGCUGUGGAUGAGCUUGAGCGAGUGACUGGCCUGAAGCUCGCUGGCGAUCAUCCAAAGAUACCCGUUGAGCCUAAAUACCAUCAGGUGAAGGCGAAGAUGUAA